GUGGCUUUGCGGUCACACUGCACUUUAUAUGGUUUAUUUUUUAAAAUAUGCAAACAAAUUACGAACAAACACGUAACCAAUAGCAGUUAAACAAGCUGCCCACUGACGGCCAGGCGAACAAACAAGCGACCACAAACACCCCCAAACCCAGGAGCAGUGGACGGGCGCAGAAAUCAGACAGUCUUCCAGCGGAGCAGGCAACGUGAGGCUAAUCCGCAAUUCGAUUUGGCACAAUAUCCGCUAUCCAGAGCCCAGAUUCUGCCAGGCUGGCGCUCUCCCAGAGCUGAGCGCUGGUGUGUGACGUGCGACUUUCGACCCGCGGCUGUGACAAUAUUGCGUGGAUGCCGACAACUCCAGCUGGGCCCGUGCCCGAUGGUGGACACGCUCUUUGGACACGGGCGCUCGACUCGGGUGCUCUGCGUUCGCGACAGUAGAGAGAGCAGCGCGAGAGGGCUUCCAAUCCCACCGAUUAGCCGGCUUAAUGCCAGUGCCACAGCAGCAGUAGCCGCAGCAGUAAAGACGCAUUGCUGCCGACGCCGCCACCCCACCAAUACCCCAGCCCCAGCCACGACCCCAAGCCCUAGUCCAAGCCCCCGAAGAUGCGCUCGCGCAAGGUGCUGCUGGUGAUCGGCUUUCUGGUUACGUGGACCUAUGCCACAUACUACCUACUGCUGCGCAACACGAGCGUUCACAAUAGCCGCAACCAGGCACACCAGGCAUACCGCGUCAACACUCAGGCCCGCGAGGCGAACCAGAAGAGUCACCACCUGGCCAAGAGCGUCUUCGAGUUUGUGAAGCUCAAGUACCUGGAGUCACAGGUACCGCUUCCACCACCGACCACGCCGCAGAUUAGUAUUGUGGCCGCCGAGAUAUCCGGCGAGCUGCCGGAGCAGCUGGUGGCCAAGCCGACACCGGCGCGCAUUCCAACGAAAACAUAUCUGGCCAAUGGCGAGCCCGUCUUCCCCGUCCUGGUCUUCGCCUGCAACCGGGUGUCGGUGAAGAAGUGCAUCGACAAUCUGGUCCAGUACCGGCCCAGCAUCGAACAGUUUCCCAUUAUAGUGUCUCAGGAUUGCGGGGAUGAGCCCACCAAGGAGGUGAUCCUGUCGUACGGCAACAAGGUAACCCUCAUCGAGCAGCCCGACCUGACUGACAUCAAGGUGCUGCCCAAGGAGAAGAAGUUCAAGGGCUACUACAAGAUAGCGCGACACUAUGGCUGGGCCCUGAACACCACCUUUGGCGUGGGCUUCGAGUUCGUGAUCAUCGUGGAGGAUGAUCUGAAUGUGGCGCCGGACUUUUUUGAGUACUUCCUGGGCACUCACAAGCUGCUCAAGCAGGACCCCAGUCUGUGGUGUGUAUCCGCCUGGAAUGACAAUGGCAAGGCUGCCGUGGUGGAUGCCUCGCAGCCAGAGCUGCUCUACCGCACCGACUUCUUCCCCGGUCUCGGCUGGAUGCUCACCAGAGACCUGUGGGCCGAGCUAUCCGUCAAAUGGCCUAAAUCCUUCUGGGAUGAUUGGAUACGUCAUCCGGCCCAGCGGAAAGAUCGCGUGUGCAUUAGGCCCGAAAUAUCGCGAACUCGAACAUUUGGAAAAAUAGGCGUAUCCAACGGCUUGUUCUUUGAUAAGUAUUUAAAGCACAUUAAACUCAGCGAGGAUUUUGUGCAGUUUACAAAAAUAAAUACAAGCUAUUUGCUAAAGGACAAUUACGAUAAUACGUUUUUGCGGCGCGUCUACACGUAUCCCAUUGUCACGUACGAUGAGUUGCGUCGCAACCUGAUAAGAAUUGAAGGACCUGUGCGCAUCCAGUAUACCACAAGAGAGCAGUACAAACGAACAACCAAGAUGCUGGGGCUAAUGGAUGAUUUCAAGAGCGGCGUUCCCCGGACUGCCUACCAUGGCAUCGUUUCCUUCUACUACAAUAAACGACGCGUGCAUCUGGCACCCAAUGCCAACUGGAAGGGCUACGAGCUAUCGUGGAGCUAACGACGCUAAAAAGAGACAGAAAUCCGCCAACUCCAACUGCAACUCCACCUUCAACUCCAAACAGUAAACAACACACACACACAGCUAGCCCAGUGUGCUCGCUAUACCAAAUAAUAGUCCUAUUAAUUAUU